UAAAAUGUAUGGCACAGGGCAGAGAAACACCUGUAUGACGUCAUUCAACAGCAUCGCGAGCCUUCACGACCGACCGCGGCAAGCAGUACUCUGGAGGAGAGACUGCUGCCCCUUUAAGUAACAAACGAUUACAAGUAAACAACUUCAAUGAGGAUUUAUUGGAAUUUUGCAGGAACAUUUACCGUGAAUGUGAAGAUAACUGCAUCUCAAUUCUGUGGAACGGGGUAAUUUUUGGGUAGCGCACGAGAGGGUUACUUGCUAGCUGACUGGUUAGCAUCGUUCUCGCUAACUAAACAUGGUGGCCAGUAAACGAAAAGAGCUCUAAAAUAUUUAAGAAAAGCUUAUUGUUGAAUGGUGAGACAUUGUUGUAACCUUUUUACACAUACUAAAAAUCUUGGCUGGAUUUGCAGACUUCAAAUGCACUUUUCGGUUAAUCUGAAUAUCCCAAAAGGAGUCAAACUGCCCCGACACAAUUGCCAUGCAUUGGACAACCCGUUUGAAAAGUUAUAAUUAACGUUACGUUUUCGUUAUGUUCUACAAUGUAUUAUAUAUAGACGGAUACAAACCUUGAACAACGAUUUCAAAUGCACAUUAGGAUUUCUCUCGUGGAACACCACUCUCUCAAUUCCAAUGUGACCAAGGUUGUAACAUUGUUACUGAGCUGAGAUAACGGCUACAAAAUAACCUUUUUAUUCUGCAGAGAAAUCAUUUGCUCAUCUGUACUGGAAAGAUUGUUACAUUAAAGAAAUUACCACUGUUUGGCAAACAUUUCUACUCGUACUGAGAACAUGCACUGCGAGACGUUAUGGAUUAUCAUGUAGUCCGACACGCACACAAUCCAGAAUUUGGGAAUUGGAACCAAGUGAUGGUUUUCAGAUUUGGGAUUUUAAGAUGCUUCACACAAGACAUUGUUUACCUUCAAUAGAAUUUAGAGGACUUGCAGAGAAAAUUACAUGGAGACUCGUCUGACAUGCCAAGGAAGGAGUUACCACUACCAGAGGGUUGGGAAGAAGCCCGGGAUUUUGACGGGAAAGUCUACUUCAUCGACCACAUCAAACACGCUACUAGUUGGAUUGAUCCAAGAGACAGGCAGACUAAACCUCUGACAUUUGCUGACUGCAUUGGAGAUGAGCUGCCUGUGGGUUGGGAGGAAGCCUACGACCCCAAUGUCGGGGCCUACUAUGUGGAUCAUAACACAAAGAGCACUCAGCUGGAGGACCCGCGGGCCCAGUGGCAGCGGGAGCAGGAGGUCAUGCUGCGGGAGUACCUGGACGUGGCCAAGGACGCGCUGAGCGCCCAGAAGGAGAUUUACCAGGUGAAGGAGCAGCGCCUGCGCCUGGCCCAGCAAGAGUACCUCCAGCUCAACAACGCCUGGAGGGACAGGUCCACCUCCCAGACCAGCUUGAAUUCCAGAUCAUCCUCCAGCAGUAAAUAUGACCCAGAAAUCCUCAAAGCCGAGAUUGUCACUUCCAAAAGUAGGGUGAAUAAGCUGAAGAGAGACCUAGCCUGCAUGAAACAAGAGUUGCAGUACAAAGAGCAGGGCUUUGAAACGCUGAAAGAGAUCAACCACAAGGUGUCCAGCGUGCCUUACGGUGUCAAGCUUCACGAUGAGCAGGCCACCCUGAACGAGGUCAAGUCCAUCCGGGACGCCAUCAGCUCCGGGGAGAAGGAGAAACAGGAGCUCAUGCAGAAACUAGCAGUGCUUAAGGAUGGCUUCCAGUUGGACUCGGUGGGUUCUCAGUCUGACCUGUGGGGCAGCAGCCCCUCCCUGGCCAACUCUGAGCUGUACAUCCCCCGCCUCUACUCCGAAGCCGGAUCCCAGACCAACAUACCUGCUGAGUUUGUGACCAACACCAACAACUUGGCAGAGAAAGUGCGACUGAGCCUGAAGUAUGAAGAAGCAAAUAGAAGGAUUGCCACCAUCGAGGUGCAGAUAGCCAAGCUGGACAGUGAGGCGUGGCCAGGGCUGCUGGACCCAGAGCGUGACCGCCUCAUCCUCAUCAAUGAGAAGGAGGAGCUACUCAAGGAGCUGCAAUACAUCAAGCCUUGCAAGAAAGUGCCCAAUGACCAGGAAAAGAUAGAGACACAAAAGAAAAGGCUUGAGAGAGACCUGCAGGCUGCCAGGGACAACCAGAGCAAGGCCCUGACCGAGAGAUUAAGAUUGCACUGUAAGAGGAACAAGCUGGUGAGAGAGCUGGAGGAGAUGGUUCGCCUGGCCUCAUCAUUACACACUCAGCUCAAGAGUCUUUCGGCCAGCACACUGUCGUGUUCCUCAGGCAGCAGCCGUGGCUCUCUGACCUCCAGCCGGGGCUCUUUGGCCACCACGUCAUCCCUUGGCUCCAUCUCCUCCCUGAGCUUCACAGAUAUUUACCUGGAGCAGCCUGAGCUGGGAGACCCAGACUUCCAGAACAAAUUGGACUCCCUACUGCAGGAGGGUGGCCCGGGGGUCAGCUACCGGCCCUCCAGCUCCAUCACCACCAUCCACGAACACGAGGUGGUCGCUGGGGGAGAGAGUGCGGGCGACAAGGGGGGUGUUGUCGGUGGGGGAGCAGAGGCCAGAACCAGGCUACAGGCGCUGAGACUAUCAGAGACGCCAAGGUCGAUCAGUUCACUGUCACCGAGGUCUUCGAUGUCGUCACUCUCGCCGCCCUGCUCGCCGCUGGUCACGGACUCUAUAUUCCUCUCCGGGGAGAGGUUUGCGGGACCAGGGGGCCCAGGUGGGGGACUGGACAUGGAGCUGCAUAGCAGGCUGACUGAGCUGGGGCUGGACAAGGGGGAGCAGCAGCACCCUGGAGGGGUGGAGCAGGAUGCCACUACCAUAGCUGGAGAGAUGUUUAAAGAUGCCAUAGUGCAAGCCAGAGGGACGAUGGGGGCGGGGCAUAAGAAGAUGGGCGUGAUGUCAGCAGUGUCUGAUGAGUCGGUGGCGGGUGACAGCGGGGUGUAUGAGCCUUCAGAGACUAGGUCAGUCCUCCCUGCAGAGCUGCUGCUGGGCUAUGAGGAGAGGGGAGGACCACUAGGCUGUGCCCAGGUCAGAUUGGGCCUGAAGUACGAGGUGAAAGACAAGCGCUUCACCAUGUUCGUCAUGCAGCUCUCCAAUUGCAGCGUCCUCGUACUGCCACCAGACCACAAAAUAUACAUCCGUGUGGCGGUGCUCCCGUGCUCAGAGUCCACCUGCUGCCUCUUCCGGACGCGCGGCUCUCUACCCCAGGACAUUGUGGAGGUCAACGAAGUCUUCGGUGUCCAGAUGGCCCACAAUGCCCUGCGGCAGAAGACCCUGAGGGUGGACAUAUGCCACACCAGCUUGUCUGGCCGUGAGGAGUGUCUUGCUGGUGCUCAGAUAAGCCUGGCUGAUGUCAACACCUCUGGGGAGAGAUGUGUCAAGAGCUACAACCUCCUCAGCUACUCCUUCAUGCCCCAGAUCAAUAACAAGGACAAGACUGGGACGGCUCGGCAGUCUGAAAGGAGCUCUGUCCCCACCACAGAGAGAGUAGCAGGCAGUCUGGAGGGUGACCCAGAGGAGGAUGAAUGUGUUUCAACCCUGUACAGGCACAGUGAAGUGUUUGAAGACGAAGAAGAUGACCACAUAGAGGGGGCAGGACCUCUAGAGGAAGAGGAGGGGCUAUAUCCUGACAGCAGCCAUUGGGAGGGAGAGGAAGUGACAACCAAACCGACUGGAACAGGAACCCUGGCUGAGAGGGUGAAUAAGGAGACCAGUACCGGCCACCACCACCAUGUCUCCUCCUCGGUGGUCCGGCCAAAGGAGCGUCGGACCCACCAUGUUCCCCAGCAGAAUGCCUUCUUCCAGGGCAACACCAUCAUCCGCUCCAAGACCUUCUCCCCUGGGCCCCAGAGCCAGUACAUCUGCCGGAUCAACCGCAGUGACAGUGACAGCUCCACUCUGUCAAAGAAGUCUCCUUUCGUCAGGAACGCAUCAGAGAGACGCAGCAUGCGCAUGAAGAAGCCCUCGGUGCCGGUGCGGAGCCUAGACGGGCUGCUGCGGACCAGUCUGGACCUAGAGCUGGACCUGCAGGUGUCUAGGACGCGCCACACGCGACUGGCCCAGGAGCUGCGUGUCCUCAGGGAGCUGAAGGAGCAGCUGGAGAGAGCCCGGCAGCUGGGAACCAGAGAUCUCCCCACCUGGGUGCAGGACGACGAGCGCUUUCGUCUGCUUCUCAGACAGGCCGAGAAACAGACCCGUGAGGAGCAGCUGCAGGAGCAGAGGGUGGAGAAGAUGAUGCGUGCUGCGGCCAAGGACGUCCACAAGCUCCGAGGCCAGAGCAGGAAAGAGAUGCCUGAGGUCCAGUCCUUCAGAGAGAAGAUGGCCUUCUUCACUCGAGCAAAGACCAACAUCCCUGAUCUGCCUGUCGACGAUGUGUAGCGCAUUUCAAGUAUUCCAGUCUUAACUGCUGUUUCCAAGCAGAUGACUCUGACGCAGACUUCUGGUGGUAUUAUGAAGAAUGGAGAAUAAUAAAAUAAUAAUGUAUAGGAAAAAAUACCGUCACAUUUUUUUUUAGAUCUCAAGAGUUGCUAAUCUGUAUAGUUGUUUGUGUUAGCAACUAGAGCAUCGUUUUCUUCCAUUCUUUCUGUAGCAGUAUUGUUACUGUUACUAAUAAGUGGAUGUUGGAAGAGACCGUUAGAUGUUUUAUGGUAAAAUCGUAAUUCCAAUACACACCAGCCCUUUCUGUGUGGAAUUUGAAAAGAUAAAGAGAAAUGCUGUUCUGUUCUUUAGCCAGGACCACUUAUUUGUUGUAGUCUAAGAUGUGAAUAUUGACCCCCAGAGGUACUUUAAAUUAUUUAUAGCACAACACAUCUACAAAAUCAAUAUUGUUAUUGUAUGAUGGUGUACUAUGACCGAAUGUGUGGUUGUACAUUAUACUGAAACUGGCUGUCUGUACCUAGUCACACUGCACAUGGUUCUCAUAGUAACCCUCACUGGUGCACACACCAUCUCUCAGCAUUGUGUAGGAAGUGCACUGACUCUCACCUAUACUCAGGUAGUUUAUUGGAUAGUUUGUGCACUUUUAAAAUGGUAAUCUAUAAAAGAGGACGGAGGCGUUGAAGAAGUGGGAGGAGUGCUCCACUUCAGAGUGAUUGUUGAAUCACCGCCUAACAAAGCACAUGAUUGUGAAAGACAAAAUAAGUGGAGGAGAUAACUCUUGUAUUUAAUGAAGAUCAUUGCUGGUGAUAAACUCCCCAUUGACUGUAUGAUUUAAAACGGUAGUGAAGUGAUCCAAAAACCAUGGAAUAACUGAGGACUCUAAAGUAUAUCUUAGCCUGAAGUUUGAUCACUUUUCCUGCUCUCAUCCCUUUUACCCCUUCCCUUAAAUUCUUUGUAACUGGACAUGUUGAAGACCCAUACAAACAGUAUCCCAAUUGUU